UGUCAAGACAUCAGGCGACAUGAACAAGGCUACCUACAUCGCCCCCGAGGACCAGGCGCCCGACGACCUCCGCUGGAUGCGCGAGGCGCUGUAUAUGGCCGAGGAGGCGCUGCAGAACGGCGAGGUGCCCGUCGGCUGCGUGUUCGUCAAGGAAGGACAGGCGAUCGCGCGCGCGCGCAACAGAACGAACGAGUGGCGCAAUGCCACGCUGCACGCCGAGCUCGAGGCGAUCGACCACCUGCUCCCCUUCAACGCGCCCCCGCUCUCCGCAAUCACGCUGUACGUCACCGUCGAGCCGUGUGUGAUGUGCGCGAGCGCGCUGCGGCAGGUGGGCAUCGGGCGCGUGGUGUACGGGUGCGGGAACGACCGGUUUGGCGGGUGCGGGAGCGUGCUCGACGUGUCUACGAGCCACAUGCUCGAUACCAACCCCGCGUUUGAGGCCGUGGGCGGGUAUUAUCGCGAAGAAGCGAUAAUGCUGCUUCGCCGGUUUUACAUGAGCGAGAACCAGAAUGCACCGAACCCGAAGAAGAAGGCGACGCGCGUGCUCAAAACUGACAUCCCGCCGCCGCCAUCCAGCGCCGCGUCGGCCGCAACGAGCCGAAGCGCGAGCGCGGCGCCGACCCCGCUGCCGAAACUCCUGCCGGUCGGAGGCACGCUGGCGAGCACUCCGCGGGCCUUGACGCCGCAGUAG